GGGAGGAGGACGGGCGGCAUUUUCAAAACACAUCUUUCAUCCUUCCGCACUGAGAAGCAAAACUUCCAGCUUACUUAGUUUUUCUAAGUUCUAUCGAUUUAAUUUAACCUGAUUCAGUCCACCCAAUGCUUUUACUCACUGUAUGCGCAAACUGUCUAGUUAUGAUACCCAGUAACACUUCAACGAGUUACCAAUACAACUCAGACACAAUGAAUUUGUCUUGAAAGGUGCUAUAUAAAUAAAACUGUACUUUUAUUUACUUUCUUUACUCACUUUUUAUGUUAUUGCAAUAAUACUUUUUACACUUUUUUUUUUUUAACACAAAAGAAUUAUCCUCAUUCAAAAUGCAAGAACCUCACUGGCUUAGGAAUGUUGAUGUUAUUUAAAAAAUUCAUACAAAAACAUGACCUCAUUCAAAAAUGUCAUGUGACAACCUCAUUGGCUUAUGGAAUUCUGAUGUCACGGGCUUCUAAAGCUUUGAUCCUUUGAAGCUUUGAUCCUCAUGAAUCCUUAAAUAGGGGUGAGGAUGUACAACUUUUAGUCCGUUAUUUGCAGCACUUAUGUUAGCAGCGCUCAAACGUUCACCAGUAAAGCAUUUCGAAACAUUUGGAUCCCUUUCGUAGUCACGGUAUACAGACUCCAACAUGUCUCAGAAAAAGCAAGAAAGACAAGAAGCUGACCCCAGCUCUAUUCCAUGGUAUGAGUCCCUAGACCCUUAUAUGAGCUCUCUUCCUUGGGAUGAACAGGUAGAAUUAGAGGAAAAGCGAUUGGAAGAAAUGGAGAAUGAAAAUCUUAUGAACAGAGAAAAGAUUAAGAUCCUGACAGAAGAAAAUGAGAGAAAGAGCGCUGAAUUAGAAAAAUUAUCCUACCAGCUUCAGGAAAGGAAAAGUAUUAUUGAGGAGAAACAAUGGGCUCUCCAAGAUAAGAAGAAUCACAAGCUCCAAGAAAAGCUUGAUGGAGCUCUGGAAAAAAUUCAAGAUCUGCUCCAAAAGGAGAAAAAAGAGAGCAUAAAACAGGAAAACAUGGUCAAGAAGAAUCAGGAGCUCCAAGAGAAGCUUGACGAAGCUCUGGAAAAACUGGAAGAAAUCCACCAAGAAGAGAAGCAACAGUCCACACAGCAGAGAGACCUGCAGAGCAAACUCCAAGCCAUGGAGGAAAAAUACAAAGCGCUGCAGGUGAAACGUGAUAAAACUCUGCACAAAAGUCAACAGUUGCUUCAAGACAAGAAGCAAAUGGAAAUGAAACAGAAAGAAAUGGACUCCAAGCUUGACGAGAUGGAGGAAAAACACAGAUUGCUCCAAAUCAAGCUUGAGAAAACAGUGCACAAAAACAAAGAGUUCAUUCAAGAGAGAGAGCAACAAGAAAUGCUCGAGAAAGAAACAGACUCCAAGCUUGAAGUCUUGGAGGAAAAACUGAAAAUGCUGCAAAUAACUCAUGAGGAAACACUGCUCAAAAAUAAAGAGAUGCUUCAUGAGAAAGACCAACAGAAAAUACAAAAGGAAGAAAUGGAUUGCAAGCUGAGGAACAUCGAGAAACAAAAUGAAGGCUUGCAAGUAAUGCUUGAUGAAGCUCUGGAGAGAAAUAAAGAGUUUCUUCACAAGAAAGACCAACAGAAAAAACAAAAGGAAGAAAUGGACUGCAAGCUGAGGUACAUCAAGAAACAGAAUGAAGGCUUGCAAGUAAUGCUUGAUGAAGCUCUGGAGAGAAAUAAAGAGUUUCUUCACAAGAUAGACCAACAGAAAAUACAAAAGGAAGAAAUGGAUUGCAAGCUGAGGAACAUCGAGAAGCAAAAUGAAGGCUUGCAAGUAAUGCUUGAAGAAGCUCUGGAGAGAAAUAAGGAGAUCCUCCAAGACAAGAAACAAGAGCCCGUAGAGCAGAGAGACCUGCAGAGCAAACUCCAAGCCAUGGAGGAAAAAUACAAAGCUCUGCAGGUGAAGCAUGACAAAACUCUGCGCAAAAGUCAACAGUUGCUUCAAGACAAGAAGCAAAUGGAAAUGAAACAGAAAGAAAUGGACUCCAAGCUUGACGAGAUGGAGGAAAAACACAGAUUGCUUCAAGUCAGGCUCGAUAAAAAAGUGCACAGAAAUAAAGAGUUCGUUCAAGAGAGAGAGCAACAAGGAAUGCUCGAGAAAGAAACGGACCGCAAGUUUGAAGUCUUGGAGGAAAAAUGCAAAAUGCUCCAAAUAACUCUUGAGGAAACACUGCUCAAAAAUAAAGAGUUGCUUCACGAGAAAGACCAACAGAAAAUACAAAAGGAAGAAAUGGAUUGCAAGCUGAGGAACCUCGAGAAACAAAAUGAAGGCUUGCAAGUAAUACUCGAUGAAGCUCUGGAGAAAAAUAAAGAGAUCCUCCAAGACAAGAAACAAGAGCCCGUAGAGCAGAGAGACCUGCAGAGCAAACUCCAAGCCAUGGAGAAAAAAUACAAAGCUCUGCAGGUGAAGCAUGACAAAACUCUGCACAAAAGUCAACAGUUGCUUCAAGACAAGAAGCAAAUGGAAAUGAAACAGAAGGAAAUGGACUCCAAGCUUGACGAGAUGGAGGAAAAACACAGAUUGCUUCAAGUCAGGCUUGAUAAAAAAGUGCACAGAAAUAAAGAGUUCGUUCAAGAGAGAGAGCAACAAGGAAUGCUCGAGAAAGAAACGGACCGCAAGUUUGAAGUCUUGGAGGAAAAAUGCAAAAUGCUCCAAAUAACUCUUGAGGAAACACUGCUCAAAAAUAAAGAGUUGCUUCACGAGAAAGACCAACAGAAAAUACAAAAGGAAGAAAUGGAUUGCAAGCUGAGGAACAUCGAGAAGCAAAAUGAAGGCUUGCAAGUAAUGCUUGAAGAAGCUCUGGAGAAAAAUAAAGAGAUCCUCCAAGACAAGAAACAAGAGCCCGUAGAGCAGAGAGACCUGCAGAGCAAACUCCAAGCCAUGGAGGAAAAAUACAAAGCUCUGCAGGUGAAGCAUGACAAAACUCUGCGCAAAAGUCAACAGUUGCUUCAAGACAAGAAGCAAAUGGAGAUGAAACAGAAAGAAAUGGACUCCAAGCUUGACGAGAUGGAGGAAAAACACAGAUUGCUUCAAGUCAGGCUCGAUAAAAAAGUGCACAGAAAUAAAGAGUUCGUUCAAGAGAGAGAGCAACAAGGAAUGCUCGAGAAAGAAACGGACCGCAAGUUUGAAGUCUUGGAGGAAAAAUGCAAAAUGCUCCAAAUAACUCUUGAGGAAACACUGCUCAAAAAUAAAGAGUUGCUUCACGAGAAAGACCAACAGAAAAUACAAAAGGAAGAAAUGGAUUGCAAGCUGAGGAACAUCGAGAAACAAAAUGAAGGCUUGCAAGUAAUACUCGAUGAAGCUCUGGAGAAAAAUAAAGAGAUCCUCCAAGACAAGAAACAAGAGCCCGUAGAGCAGAGAGACCUGCAGAGCAAACUCCAAGCCAUGGAGGAAAAAUACAAAGCUCUGCAGGUGAAGCAUGACAAAACUCUGCACAAAAGUCAACAGUUGCUUCAAGACAAGAAGCAAAUGGAAAUGAAACAGAAGGAAAUGGACUCCAAGCUUGACGAGAUGGAGGAAAAACACAGAUUGCUCCAAAUCAGGCUUGAUAAAAAAGUGCACGGAAAUAAAGAGGUGCUUCAAGAAAAAGACCAACAGAAAAUACAACAGGAAGAAGAAAAACUUAAUUUCCAGAGGAAAAAUCAAGCACUCCAAGAAUUGUAUAAUGAAACGAAGUACAAAACAACUGUACUGGAAGGAGAAAAGAAACAACUGGAAAAACAAUGCUCAGCGAUGCAGAGUAGCAUCAAUGAGAUGCUGAGAAAAAAUAGCGAACUUGAGGAACUUUCUAAGAUCUUGAAGUACAAAAACACUGAAAUCCAGGUGCAAAAGCAAGAACAACAGAAAACACAUAAAGACCUGCAGUGUAGACUUCAAGAAAUCCAGAAGAGAAACCAGCAGCUGGAAGACAUGCACACAGAUGUGCACAAGGCAAAGGGAAUAGAGGAGGCAACAGUUAAAGAACUGAAAGACAAGCUUAAAGAAAAACAAGAACAAUUAGAAGACAUGGUGAAAAGAUGCAGCAAACUUGAGAAAGAAAACACAGAAACAAUGGAUGAGCUGAAAACCCUCAUCAUUGAGAAGAAAGUGCUCGUGGAAGAGUAUCUGAAAAAGAAGAAAAACGCUUCCACUGGUUCUGGAGGAGGAACACUGCUGCUUCUCACCUGAUGUAACCUCGUCUUCCUCCACCUCUAUUCCAUCUUCAUUUCCCCCCUUCCCCUUCCCCUCCCUCCUUUUUCACCCUCACCCCCCGACCAGUCCCGGCAGUUGACUGCCCCCUCCUGAGCCUGGUUCUGCCAUAG